GUUGGUUAAUGAUAAUAAAUCAAGCUGCGUGGUAUGUGAAGUCGUUGGGUUUUGUUCAGACCAAUAACCAGCUUCAUUUGACACGUCAUUGCAAUGUUUAUCCAGUCGUUGAUUCGAAAUGAGUAACCUUUGGAGAACAGAAAAUCAAGGACGAUGAGGAGAGCCUGCCGAAUACCUAAAAUAAUAUAUCGUUGACCGACACUUCAAAAUAGACUCUAAUAUGAGACGGUCACAUUCGGGUGAGCGGGGUGGUUAUGGUUAUGAACCAUUACCCAGUACGUCUCACGAUGCGUUGGAAGAGGAGAACGAAAGGAUAGCCGACGAACUUAAGGAUAAAAUUCAUGUCCUCAAGUCUCUUUCCAUCGAUAUUGGAACAGAAGUUAAAUACCAGGAUAAAUUGUUACGUGGAAUGGAUGAGGACUUUGAAAGGACUAGCGGAUCUUUAACUUCAUCCGUUGCCAGAGUAUUGCGAAUGGCAAGAGCUGGACAUAGAUAUUAUAUACUUUAUCUUUUUCUGUUUUCAAUCGCUGUAUUUUUUGUGCUCUGGAUCGUCCUCAAGUUCAAAUGAAUGCUUGUUCGAGCAGGAGAAAUUAUGGAUAUCUUUAUGUCUGUGUGACAAUAUUGAGGGUCGAUAACUGUGAGACUACGUUUUGCUUAGGCCUCAUUCCAAUGUUCAUAUGAACGACGUAUCGACUUACAUUUAGUACUUUCUGUUCGUUAUAAUAGUAAUAUUGUUAAAUAAAUUAUGAUUAUAUACAAAUACUAUAAUUUAAACUAAUAAAAAAAUUCCAACGAUGA